AUGAUCUCCUCCGUAUCUAUUUUUGUUUUAACCGUGGUUGUUAUCACAUGGAUUUUAGGAACAUUUUUCAAUUCAUUGAUUCUAUCUGCGUACAUCAGAGACUGUAGGCAAAGCCUUAACCUGGGAGACUAUGACAAAAUUGUGUUUCUCAUGGCCUCAGUCAAAGUUCUCCUCCAAUGCCUGAUAACAUAUGGUGGCAUCUUAUUUUAUGGAGAAUUAUAUAGACUGCUCUCCAAUGAAACCUUUUUACCAUUUUUUGUUAUUCUCUUGUCCUCCGUUGACAUGUGUUUCUGGAAUACUUGCUGGCUGUCAGUCUUUUACUGUCUAAAGCUGGUCAACAUCUCCCACCAAGCUUUCCAAUGGCUAAAGUCGUCCUUCUCUUCGGCUCUUCCUCUGCUAAUUCUGGGAUCUGUGGUGGGGAAUACUGCCAUUAAUUUGCCAUUUUUUUGGACAACAGAGAUACAUUUUCUUCAGAAUGUGACAGGGAAUUCAAGUAUAAACACGUAUAGCUUCAACAUGGACUUUUCAUUUGCUGCCUGCAAUGUGAUGUUAACAUGCUGCUUGCCAUUUCUGAUAACAUUUCUCUGCAUUAUCUUUUGCAUUACAUCCCUGCUUAGGCAUGUCAGGAGAAUCUGUAAAAAUGAACCCAAGGUCCAAUAUUCCCGGAUUCAAGCCCACAUCCAAGCAUCCAGGACAAUGGUUCUACGGCUCUUCCUGGACCUCAUUUUCAUCUUGAACAUCUGCUGUUGGCUGGAAAAUGAAUUUAACAUUUAUACCAAACCCGUAUCCAGGAUAAGAGGGAACCUGACUCAAAAAACGGUGUAG